AUGCCCGAAAAUUCGGUCUUGUGCAACGCACAUGAGCUUCAACUUUACGACCCUGGCGAACGUGAAGCCGAAGAAGACGAGUACUCUUCGGGCACGGAAGACUUGACCCCUAGGCCAAGCCAGCGCGUGAGCGACGAACCACUCCGGCCAGAUGAUAGCAUCAGCGGCAUCAUGGGUAAGAUGCACUUGGGCGGCGAUAGGGGCUAG